CGGGCCGUGAAGGACCCCACCCACCCCCCGGGCCCGGUCGCUCCGCUGCUGCCGUCACCGUCUCUUCGCGAUUAAACCCAAAUAAAAAACCCCUCCCGCGGAGGGAAAUAAAUCACAACAACAUCAUCGAUAACAUCAACUAACCGAGAGCCGGGCGAUGCCGUCAAAGAAAAAGAAAUAUAACGCCCGCUUCCCGCCGGCCAGAAUAAAGAAAAUAAUGCAGACCGACGAGGAGAUCGGAAAGGUGGCUGCUGCUGUUCCAGUGAUAAUCUCCCGAGCCCUGGAGCUGUUCCUGGAUUCCUUACUGACCAAGGCCUGCCAUGUGACCCAGUCGCGAAACGCCAAGACCAUGACUACGUCUCACCUGAAGCAGUGCAUUGAGUUGGAGCAGCAGUUUGAUUUUCUGAAGGAUCUGGUCGCCUCUGUGCCAGACAUGCAAGGCGAUAAUGAGGACAACCACAUGGAAGGUGACAAGACCCCGCGGAGGGGGAGGAAGCCCGGAUCCGGACGGAGAAACACAAAUGGAGGAGCGGGACCGGGGCCCAAAGCCAAGGACAGGAAGCAGUCCAGCACCGAGUCGGAGCAGGAGGAAGAGUCGGAGGACAGCGAGACGGACGAAGAGGAGGCAUCCCGGUCCAGCGCGGAUAAGCCCGGACGCCAGGUCCAGAGCCCCCGGUCAGUCUUCAGCGGUCCGCUGCCAGCCUUGCCCGUGCCGACCUGCUCGCCGGCGCUGGGCAACCUACCGAUGCCCGCGGCCACCCCGAUGUGUCAAGACGGCGGAGAGGAUGAUGACUACGACUCCUAGCUUCGCGUCUCGCUACCAGCUGAUGGUAGAAGAGGAUAGAAAUUGGGGGGGGGGGGGGGUUUAUUCAGUUUGUGGGCGCGUGUGUCUGUGUAUAUGUGUGUGCGCGUGCGUGUGUCGUUUACUUUCAAGAUUUAUUUUUUCAUAUCCGGGGGGCAGAGUAUCGUGGGGAUGGUAGGUUGGCUUUGAGGGGGGUUACAGUCAUCCAGGAGUUUCGUUUUUUUUUCCCCUUUUUCUCUCGUCUCGUUUUUUUUUACUGCGCCCAGGUCGCAGUUCUGAAAUCGUUUUAUCCCCCCUCGCUUUGUCUCUCGUGUGCGUGGAGUAUGUGCCCCACCACCUCGCCCUCGUUUUCCCCCUCCCCAAAAUUUAAAAACCUCCCAGUUCUCUGCGGUCCUGACCUUCAAAUUUAAAAAGAAAUUGGAUGGAGCAGAUGGAAAGAGCUGGAAGAGUGUUUUGGCAUUAUUUUUGCGUUUAAUUUUAGUAAAACGUGAAGUAAAAAAUUGGGAGAAAGAAAAGGCUUUUUUUUUGGGGGAAAAAAGAAAGAGGGCCGAUCCAUGCUCUCAUCUGACCAGACUUUUUGGGUUUCCCGCCAACAUUCGCUAGUGCUGCGUUGUUGAAAUCCGUGCGAAUCCUAAUCUGUGGCUGUUCCGUAUGUCCGUUCCUUGGUUUUUCUGUUGUGGCUCCCCUCUGCUGUUGCAGUCAGCGAGAUGCUUUGGUGUUGUUUUUUUUUUGAGAGGGAGGUGGGGUGAAUGUGCGCGGGGGUGGUGGUGGCUGAAAUUGUCCAUCUGGCUAUAAAUAAAGGCAUUUUGAAGGA